CGCCACACACACACACACAGUGGCCCCCUGAGGAGGAGGAGGAGGAGGAGGAGGAGGGUGCCGGUGCCGGUGCCGGUGCUAGAGCGGGCGCGAGCUCGGGGAGAGCGGGCGCGGUGGUGGACCAGGGCCGGGGAGAGCCGAGUUCGAGUCCCGCCUCAGCCCCAUGAGACUGGCUGGGUGACUCUGGGCCCCUCCCUUCUCCCUCAGCCUCUCCUCCCUCACAGGGUGGUCGUGAGGAGAAACCCAAGUAUGCAGGACGCCGCCGCUCUGCCUGGGCUCCUCCUGGGAGGAAGAGCGGGAUAUGGAAUGGAGGAGGAAGAAGAAGGAGAAGGGACCCCCCCCCCCGCAGCCCCAGCCCUUGCCGCCGCUGGGGAAGCUGGGAGUUGUAGUCGUCCCCCCCCCGACUGGGUGGGAGCCCCCGCUAGCAGGGGGGAGGGGAGGCUGCCGGGAGGGGCCCCAACUGAGGGGGAGGGGCAGCGGGCAGGGCUGCCUCCCAGGCGGUGGUGUGGACUGCAACUCCCAGAAUCCCCAGCUCCAAGGGCUUUGGCUUGGGGGUGCUGCUGCUGGGAGUUGUAGUCCACACCAUCUCGAGGGGGGCCUGCUGGGGGUGGUUCCCCAGCACUUUCCCUCCUGCAGCAGGCCUUGCUUGCUUGCUUGCCUGGAGGGGCCGAGGCCUCCCAGCAGUGCCCCCCCCCCCCCGCCACAGGCAUGCCCUCCCAGAUGGGGUGGACGGACUGACUGACAGGUGUCGGCUCUUAGCUUCUCUCCAGGAUGAGGACCGGCCCUCCACUUGGCCUUGCAGGUCUCCCAGUGGUGCCUUCCUGGCUGCUGAGCGCCCUCUGCUUCUCUUGCCUUCCACUGCCCCCAGCAUGAGGGACUACAGCUCCCGUAAUCCCCAAGCAAAAGCCGUUGCAAUGGGGGAUUCUGGGAGUUGUAGUCCACACCACCCGGGAGGGGGUCCCUGUGAGAGGGGACUCUUGCGCAGGAGGAGGAGGGUGGGGGGGCGAACUCUCCGCUGCCUGGGUGGCUUCUCCGCAUGGCCAGGCAAGCCUCGCCAGGCACAGCAGGGGAAGCCGCCAGAUGCCUCCUGCCCGGGUGGCAAACUUGGAGCAGCUCCGGCCCAAGCUGGCUCAUGCACCGCACACUCCUCCUCCUCCAUGGCCUCCCCAGGAUCUUGUCCCUUCCUCUGGCCGGUUCUGCUGCCCACUGAGCCAAGAGGGACCUCUUCAGAGUGGUGAUUAACACAUCCAUAGGCACACCAGGGGUGUAGCUCUAACUGAGUGGAUGACUGGGCCAUGCUAGCUAACUGGGCCAUGCUAGCGAUCCAGGCCACCCUCUGCUGGAUUUUGGAGGCUGCUGACGGCUCAGGAAGGAGGGGCUGCAUUCAGGAGUGACUGAUUGUGGAGGGUGAAGACAAGCUUCGGAGCGCGGGAUCCAGAGAGCGCAGGACCCCGACACAGACUAAUUGCGCCCCACGCUAUAUAGAGGCCGUGCAUACCAAAUGGAGAGGAGUCGGUUCCCGCUAGCUGAAAUGCUGGAGGAACAGCAGCAAGAAAGCACAACAGACACGCCUGCUCGAACAAGGGCAGUUCAGACAGAGGCAUCAGUUGCAGCCCGUGGAAAGCUCAGGAAGACCAUGGUGACAGUUGUAAGAAACGAACUGGCUUCAGGAAAUGCACGCAAGGCCAGAGUGCCCCGCCAGUGUUGGAACGCGCCCCUGUGUCAGAGUGAAACAAAGCCCUUGGAGUUCUCACUUCCCCACCUUGUGGCCGGCCAUCCCUCCCGCCACACUGCGCAGCCGCACUGCUGGACAGCCAGAGGAACCCCAGCCCCCCCCCCGAGCUGCUUGCUGAGAGGGAGGGAGAUUUAUGGCCGCUUGGGGGAAGGAAGAAGGAGCUGGGAUCCGAGAAGCGACCCGCCUUUGGGGAUGGAGGCCCUGGCGCUGCUGGCGCUGCUGGAGGACAACAAAAGGCCGUUGCCCACGAGGAGUCGGAGGGGCAGCUCAGGCAUCCUCUCUAGAAUGGAGGUGGGCAAGCGAAGAAUCGGCAUGGUCUGCAGACGCUGGAUGGGCAGCUGCUUGCUCCUGAGCAGUCUCCUGGUGGGCAUUCCCUCCGGAAGCAGCCCGGGCUUUACUGUACCUGCUGAGAACCGCACUUCCCAAGGGUCCAGUGGCGCCCCCCUGAUCAUUGAGAUGCCAGGCGACGUGUAUGAAUACGUGGCUGCCCCUCUGGACUGGUGGCACGCAGAUGGGUAUUGCCAGCAGCGCUUUGCUCAGCUGCCCGCCGAGACCUGGGAGGGUGAGCUGGCCUCUCUCGGGAGCCGGCUGCAGGCCCACCACCCCCGAGGCACCAUCUGGCUCAAGGGCGGGGAGACCUUCCUGCAGAAGCCCCCACAGAGGCGAACCCACUCGGUGCCGGUCCUGGUGUUCAGGAACAAAACGGACACCAAGUUUGUGCGGGUCCUGGCCGACUUCCCGGCGAUGCCGGCCGUGAGCGCCUGCGCCCACAUCCAGUGGGACCCCGGGGCCGUGGAGAUCUCCACCGUCUUCUCCUACGCGGUCCCGGCCUUCAUCAACGAGUUCCAGCUGCGCGGCUUUGUGGACGAGGAGGGCUUGGUCCGCUUGGCCCUGCUCCUCCACGGGCACCACUCUCCCUACCUGCCGGUCUUCCGCAGCGACGGGCAGUGGCACCACGUCUGCCUCACCUGGCGGCAGCGCAACGGGAGCUGGGCCAUCCACGCCGACGGGAAGGAGAGGGCUGCCGCCACGGGGCUCUCAGCCUGGCAGGCCCUCGCCAGCCAGGGCACCUUCAUCAUCGGGCAGGACCAGGAUGCCCUGGGGGGCGCCUUCAAGGAGAAGGAGUCCUUCAGCGGGAACAUCACGGGCCUGCAGGUCUGGCGGCGGGUCCUCAGCAGGGAGCAGCUGGAGAAGGUGCGCUCCUGCCUCUCCGUGGAGGAGGGGCUGGUCUUUGGCUGGAGCACCGACAUCCUGGACGUAGAAGCCAGCGUCCAGCAGGCCACGGUGCAGCUCACCUGCCCAGGGCCCGUGGAAGAAUGUCGUGUCUUGAGGGUUGCCCCCGGAGGAGGCCUCACUUACGCCUCGUGCCUGCAGGCCUCGCCCUUCGCCUGCCACUACAGAAAAGAUCUCUAUUUCCUUCUGAAGAAAACCCAGUCAGACGCCGUCCCGCCACUCAUAGCUCGGGUGAACGCACGGGCAAACGCUACGGUGAUUCCCGAGAGCGUCUUCCAGGCCCAGGAGGAGGCUCAAGGCCUGACUCUUUCGGCAGCUGCUGAGCUCCUGGGGGCCGUGGAGAGGGUCCUGCGGGAGGUGGAGCCGCCCCCUCUGGACGCAGGGGCACUCCUGGGUGUGCUCCAGCUGCUGCGGAGGGUCUCGGGCGUGGAGGAGGCAGAGCAGCCGGAGCAACUGCCGGUGCUGGAGCAGUGGGGCCGGCGCUACGUUGGAAUUGCGGGGAUGCUUCUGGAGGAGCAGAACGCCCAGCAGUGGUCGGAGAUUGGGCCGAUCAUCGGUGGGCCCAUGGCGAUGGUGGGAAGCGUGGACAGGAUGGCUUCCAGCCUCCAGCGGCUGCUGAGCACUGAGAGGCCCACCGUCUCCAUCCGGAGCAAGAACGUGGGAGUGGAAGUGCGGCAGGUGACGCUCAGCACCCUGGCGGCCAGCAGCACGGCCUACGUGACGCGGGGCCAGCCAAGAGAGCAGCCUGACUGGAUUGAGGUUCCGGCGGAAGAGAUGCAGGGGCUGAGAGCAAGAGGCCUGCACCGGAUCACCAUCACCAACACCUGGUACAGCCGUGGCUCCCUCCAGCACCUUCUUGCCGGCAGCAGUCCAGUGUUUGAGGAUGCGGCGGUGUCGGACGGAGGCAGGCGGAGCUGGAGGUCCCGAGAAGUCCAUGGAGAGCCUGGCAGAGCCUGGCGGACUGGCAUUGCAGCUCUGAGCAACUCGAGGCCUCCUGCUGCUGUCCCUCCUGCGCCUGUUGUGGCGCCAAGCAGGAGCCUGUGGAGGACCUGUUGCCACACCAUUUGUGUGCUGCCUUCCGGCUGGGGCACUAGAGGGCGCCAGAAGCCGGCCCAGGGAGUCCUUCUUGCAGGAGUCCGCCAGCCUGCAGCCAAAAAGGUACCUGACCACCCAGGUGGGCUCCUCCAUCAUUUCCUCCACUCUGCUCAGCGACUACGAGGAGAUCAGUACCUCGGUGCGUUACCGUCUCCAGCACCAGGCCCAGAUUCAGCCGGACCAGCUUGUGGAGCCCAUUUGCGCCUUCUGGAACUUCAGCAGAAAUCCCACGGCAGGGGGCGAGUGGUCCUCCACGGGCUGCUCCGUCGUCUCCUCCUACGCGGAGUCCACCGUCUGUGCCUGCAGCCACACCACCCACUUUGCCGUCUUGCUGCAGGUCUACGAAGUGCAGAGGAGCGCGGAGGAAGAGGCGACCCUGAAGACCCUCACUUUUGUGGGCUGCGGGGUGUCGUUCUGCGCCCUGAUCGUCACCUUCGUCCUCUUCCUGGCAGUCGGAGCGUGUGUUUUGCCGUCACGGCCUUCCUGCACCUCUUCUUCAUGGCCGCCUUUGCUUGGAUGCUGGUGGAGGGGCUUCUCCUGUGGAGCAAAGUGGUGGCUGUGAACAUGAGCGAGGACCGGCGGAUGCGCUUUUACUACGUGACCGGCUGGGGGCUCCCUGUCCUUAUUGUGGGCGUGACCCUGGCCACGUCGUUCAACAACUACGUGGCAGACAACCACUGCUGGCUGAACGUGCAGACGGACAUCAUCUGGGCCUUUGUGGGGCCCGUCCUCUUUGUCCUGACGGUCAACACCUUUGUGCUCUUCCGGGUGGUGAUGGUGACGGUCUCCAGCGCGCGGCGGCGGUCGAGGAUGCUGACGCCCAACAGCAGCCUGGAGAAGCAGAUUGGCGUCCAGAUCUGGGCGACUGCCAAGCCGGUCCUGGUCCUGCUGCCUGUCCUUGGCCUCACCUGGGUGUGUGGCGUUCUGGUGCACCUGAGCAUCACCUGGGCGUACAUCUUCAUUGUCCUGAACUCUCUCCAGGGCCUCUACAUCUUCCUGGUCUACGCCAUCUACAACAGUGAGGUGCGAAACGCCAUCCAGCGGAUGAAAGAGAAGAAGAAGGCCCUCUCCUUCACGAACUGCUCGCACCCCCUCAACUACCUGUCGAGCCCAAGGAACACCUCCUGGGAGAUGGGCAAGCUCAGCCCCUCCACCCCGGAGGACACAGCCUCUCCCUCCGUAGAGAAGGACCCGGGGACCCGGAACAGCGGCAGCAAGGGGAACUUCAGUGCCAAAAUGCCGACCAGAAUCGUGUCCCGGAUGUCACCCGAGAGGCCGAGGCCGGCUGUGCAGCUGACCGCAUUCAAAUCCUCAGGUUUCUGAGGGGAGCCGCUCCGGAUCAGGCCCAAGGAAGCCUCUCCAGCCCAGCAUCCUCCCUCCCCCCCGGCAACACAGUGCGAUUGGGGAGGACUUGCUUUGGGCCGAAGAAGAAGAAGAAGAAGAAGCGAGGCUGGAGGAAGGCGGCUGGGGUGCCUGCGAGAGACCAGGCCUGAGGGGCUCCAUCCGCUCGGGCAGCAGGCGGACCCUCUCGCUUGGGCCCCGAGCCAUUCUGGCUCUCCCGGGGGCCUCCCUCCCGCCGGCGCGGCCUGGCAGCUCAGACCCUCCGCCGUGGGCCUGGACCGGGGCCUGGUCCCCCAGCAGGCAGAUCUCCUGCAGAAGCCCCAGUGGGAGCAAGGGGGGCCCGCCCGAGCAGCUGGUGCUUGCGGGGAACUUCUCCUGGGUGGACCAGGCCCCCUUCCUCCCCCCCCCCCACUUCUCAGGACCUGAGCUGUGUGCCCCCCCCCCGCCCCCCCUCACCCGGCAGUCUCCUGCUGGCCACCCUCUGCCCGCCUUGCCCCCUCCGGGGCUCCCUUCUGCCCAGGCUGCGGCAGGGACCGCCCCCCCCCCCCGUAGCUGGACGACACACUGGCGGAUUAAACGCACUUCCGGAUGCCGCCUG